AUGUGUCUAUGUGUUUGUCUGUGUCUGCUUAUAGGUAAACCAUGUAAAGAGAAUAACUUCUGCGGAAAUCUUAAAUGUGUUAUAAAUAAAUGGGAAGAAAGGAAUAGCAGAAAAUCAACCGGAACGACUACCUGGGACGCAAUGAGGAACGACGUUGGCGAGGUUUUAAAUGAACUGCUUAACCGCAUGAAAGACACUGCGAAGUGGAAUAGGCUUACGGAAUACUGCAACGACAGUAGUUGGGGUAAUGAUGCCCAUGGUGAAGCCAAUAAAACUGCUUGCAAGAUGGUUGCAGCCGGGCUGCAACAUAUUUCCAGUAUUCAGUUCGAGUAUGACUCCAGUUCAAACCAAAACCCCUAUGAUAAGCAAGAGUUUCAACAAUUCGUUUCUUGCUUAAUGUUAAAAGCCGUCGUACAAAAAAUGAAAGAACAAAGUCCCAUUUGUUACAUAGAACCCGGCAUAAAGAGGGCAUUUGAGUCUGCAGACAAAAUUAAACGAGAAAAAUGCACUAAUAAGAAUCCUUGCAUUGAAUGCAAAUUGGAAGACCUUGACCAAAUGAAUCCUUGCAGGAUUAGCACCAAAGACAAUGCUACUGUGAAGACCAAUGUAGACCAACUACUCAAGGACAAAGAUAGCGAAGUCAAGACCGCUCUCACCCCAAUAACUGAAGAAAAAGGAAAUAAGGGUUCCACUUUAUGUCCACGAUUACAGUGCUUAUCAGCACGAGUAAAGGCUUUAAGCAAAGAGGACGACUUUUGGAGGAAGGAAGGCGAAGUGGGACAACUAUGGGACGCACUAUCGAAAGCUAUGAACGCAAAUGGGGGUAAAGACGACAACGGAGUUCAAUGUAAAACAGUGGAUAAUGGCAGUGGCACUGGUGCCAGUGCCAAUGGCAGAACUGCCACUGACCCAGAAAGGAAGGCAUGCAAUUAUUUGCAUGCGGGUUUCCACAAACUGAAGCAACUUACAUCGGCAACAACGCCUCAAAACAAAAACGGUAAAAUUUUGAAUGAAAACCCACUGUUGAAACAAGCGAUGGGUUGUUUCUUACUUCACGCAUAUGCAAAGAAAAUGAAAAAAGACUCCAAGUGUGUUAUCGAUUCCGGUUUAAAGAAAGCUUUUGACACUGCUGGCCAAAAUUUAAAUGGGUUACAAUGCAAAUGGGAUGAUAGGGACUAUGACAACUGCCAAAUUAACACAACUGACACAAAUGGCAAAACCACCCCAACUCCAGCAGAGAACAAAUUAACACGUGUUCAGGACAAAAUUAACAACGCCGCAAAUGACAAUCUAACGGAAGUAAAUAAAAUGAAUAAGUUAUGCGAUUACAUUAAAUGUGCCGCACCCAAAUGGUUCAAAAACAACGCACCGACGUCGACGGGAAAUUCCAAACCGACAUGGUGUGACUUUUGGGAUAAGGCUGUUAAGGAUGCACUGAAGAAAAUGUUCGAAGACAUGGAGACGAAGGGAAAGAAAACUAAUGAUGUAUGCAAUGAUUUUGGUGAUGGUAAUGAGGAUAGUGUUGAAAGAAAAGCAUGUAAUCAUAUCACAGCAGGUUUAAAAUACAUUAAAGGUAUUCAACCAAAUGGUGGUAGUACCAACCCACUGCUCGAUCGAGCAGUGGGUUGUAUUGCUCUUAACAUGUACGCUGAUCAAAUAAUUGCAAGGACGGAAGAUUCAUGUCCCAUUGAAGAGGAAACAAUAAAACAAAUGUUCACUAAAUGGAAUGAAAAAAAUAAUAAUAAUUCUUCGACUUCGUGUCAGGCUGGUAGUGGUAGUAAUAAUAAUGUUUGUUUUAAAUGCACAAGACAACCGAACUUUAAUAAUUGCAAACUAAGUGUUGACAGCAAUUUGGUUAAUACACAAAGUGGAAGUUGCAAUAAUGAGAACAAUGACAAAAAAGACGUCCAAAAACAAAUGAACAAUCUCCUCGAAGACAAAUCCCAAUCCAACUCCAUUAACAACACCAUGCAAAAAACAUUCUUCGAAAUCACUAAAAUGGACCACAAUUUCUGUACUCAACUCCAAUGCGCAGCAAAGAAAUGGUCACAUAGCAAAACAGGAAAAAGCAGCGGAGUGAACUGGAAUGCCUUGAAAGAAGAAAUCGGAAAGGAAUUAACGGCACUUUUAAAAGAUAUGAAUGACGCUACAAAGCAGUCGGCUGCUGAACAAUACUGCAAAAACGACACUAAUUGGAAUAAUAAGGGCCAUACAGAAAGGCGAACAAAUAGAGCAGCUUGUUUGCAUUUUGCUGCAGGGUUGCAGCACAUUUAUGGUCGCGGUAAUGGCCGUGUUAACGGCCCAUCGUUUGGACAAACGAUGGGCUGUUUAUUUCUUAAAGAAUAUGCAAAACAAUUAAAAGAAAUGGCAAAUAAGAAAAAACAAGGACAUAGUUGGGUACAUCCCCAUUGUAGCAUAGAUAAGGGAAUAGAAUAUGCUUUCAAUCAAAGUAAAGUCAUUAUGAAUGCAUCAUCUGAAUGCAAAAAUACAAAUGGUCCUAAUUCUUGUUUUGAAUGCCAACUGAACGACUAUAAUGAUUGCUCCAUUGGAACUGACAAUGUAAAAACCAAUGUGGGUUUAAUGUUCAAGGACCAAACGAAACAAAACCAAAUGCAAGAAACAUUAGAGAAUACCGUCUGUCCCAUCCUUCUUACGGAUAUCCUUACCCCUUUCCUUCCUUUGGCUCCUGUCUCCAUUGGCCUUUCUGUUAUGGCUUAUUACCUUUGGAAGUAUUUUGGUCCUCUUGGUAAAGGAGGACAACCUUUCAGAAGAUCUCCUACUGAAAUUCCGGGUCCAUCCGUACAGGAACAAGUCCUCGAUCAUGUGGAAGAAGCUGGUCCACAUGAAUAUCGUUUGGUGAAGGAACGAAAACCUCGUUCUGCUCCAAGGAGAACGAAACGUUCUGGUCCCGUGAAUCGCCGCACCAUUAUUGAAAUUCAUUUUGAAGUGUUGGACGAAUGUCAAAAAGGGGACACACAAUUGAACCAGAAGGAUUUUCUGGAACUUCUGGUUCAAGAGUUCAUGGGAUCCGAAUUAAUGGAAGAAGAACAGGUUCCUCAGGAAGAGGUUCUUAUGGAAGGUGUUCCUUUGGAAUGA